CACGUGUCAAAGGUCAAUGGUUGAUGCAAUAGCCUGUGGUCCAUUGCGAUACGGAGGUUCAAUUUAUGACCGCGAAGGUCCUGUAGACAGAUAGCUUGGAAAAGAAAUGUUCUCCAGGACAAGAUAUGCGUUGAGAAAGCUUUGUAAAAUACCUGGUGUUUGUGUUUCCAACCCAAUAUCUUUGCUGAAACAAUGCAGUCAGAGAUGUGUCUGGACAGGCAACGAAACUCUUCAAGAAGAUGACCCUGAAAUGUAUGAACUGAUAAAACUGGAAAAAAGAAGACAAGUUGAAGGACUUGAGCUUAUUGCUUCAGAGAAUUUUUGUAGUAGAGCAGCUUUAGAAACACUUGGAACAUGUUUGAAUAAUAAAUACUCUGAAGGUUAUCCUGGAGCUAGAUAUUAUGGGGGAAAUGAAUACAUUGAUCAAAUAGAGCUUCUUGUGCAAAAAAGAGCUUUGGAUGCAUACAGAUUGGAUCCUGCACAAUGGGGAGUCAAUGUACAGGUUUUCUCAGGUGCUCCUGCUAAUUUUGCAAUCUACACUGCAUUACUGAACCCUCAUGAUCGGAUAAUGGGGCUAGACCUUCCUCAUGGUGGACACUUGUCUCAUGGAUACAUGACGGACACAAAGCGAGUAUCAGCAACGUCUAAAUAUUUUGAGUCAAUGCCAUAUCGACUGGACGAAGAAACUGGAAUCAUAGAUUACGACAAAUGUGAGGAACUUGCAACUCUGUUUAGGCCGAAGAUAUUAAUUGCAGGCACUAGUGCAUAUUCAAGAUUAAUUGACUAUCAAAGGAUGAAAGAGAUUGCUACAAAAGUAAAUGCUUACCUUUUGGCUGACAUGGCUCACAUCAGUGGAUUAGUUGCUGCAGGGGUCAUUCCAAGUCCCUUUGAUUAUGCUGACGUGGUUUCAACAACGACUCACAAAAGUCUACGUGCUGUUAGGCAUUCGCUUAUAUUCUUCAGAAGGGGUUUAAGAAGCGUGAAUAAAAAAGGAAAAGAAAUCAUGUAUGAUUUGGAAAAUAAAAUCAACAGUGCUGUCUUUCCUGGGUUACAAGGUGGACCCCACAAUCAUUCAAUGGCUGCUGUUGGAGUGGGACUGAAGCAGACAAUGUCUCCUGAUUUUGUUGAAUACCAACGACAAGUUUUAAAGAAUGCAAAAGUGAUGGCAAAUACCUUGGUAGAAAGAGGGUAUAAAAUCGUUUCUGGCGAUACGGAGGUGCAUUUAGUUCUGGUUGAUCUACGACCAAAGGGUAUAAAUGGUCGAAGGAUUUCAACUGUUAUGGAGCUAGCCGGUGUAACUCUAGAUGAAUACUGCAUUUUAGAUGAUGUUGAUGAGGAUAACCCAAGUGGAUGCCGUAUGGGAACACCUGCUCUGACGUCACGUCAAUUCAAGGAACAAGACUUUGUCAAAGUAGUUGAUUUUCUUGAUGUUGGUGUUGAAAUCGCUCUGGAAGCCCAGCGAAAAACGGGAAACUCGAUGAAAGCAUUCAAAGAAGCUGUUGUCUCAGAUUCAGAAAUUAGGGACAAAAUUACCAAGCUCCGUGAACAAGUAAGAGAAUUCGCAACCAAGUUUCCAAUGCCGGGAUUCGAACACAAAUAGUGUUUGCAAAUCUGUGUACAUGGGUCUAUCUAAUGUUGACUAAAACAAUGUAUAAUCAACUACUUCCAACAUUUUGCAGAUAUCUAAAUUUAAAUUACUAAAGGUAGGUGUUAGCAUUUGUUGAUUUAUAAUUUAAAAAAUGUAGGUAGGUGUUAGCAUUUGUUGUAAGGGGAACGUUUUUCAAACACCAUGUUCGCUCAUUAACAAAUUAUUUAUAGCUUUUGGUAGAUUUUUUUCUAAGUUAUUUGUUACAAACGUUGAAUUUCAUUUUUGAAAUCAGAAAUA